CUUUGAACUCAUUUAUAUAGUUCCUAGCUGCUACCUCCACAUUUGGUGCAUAUCAAAGGCUAGGCUAGCUAAAUGGAGAGAGUUCCAAUCAAGUUUGAGCUUUUGGUACUUCUUUUUGUGGUUGCCUCUUUUUUGGCGCCGGCGGGUUCCAUACCUCUCCCACAAAUGAGCGUAGGGCCAAACAAGAAGCAAGUGUUCCUCACCGGGCAGCUCUGCCAGUCUCACAAUGACUGCAAAGCCGCCAACACCGCUUAUUCCGGCCACUUCUGCGUCAACAACAAUAUUGCUGGAUCUGACAUGAUGGGCCAUUGUGUUGGAUUUGAUCCCCGAUUAGAUACAGAGCUGAAGAAGAAAAAGAAGCCUGCAGGCGGUUGCGGAAAGUGUGAAACAGACGCGGAUUGUAAGGGGUGCCCGGCAGCAGCCGCGUGCGAGAAAAUUAUUUUGAAAGGCUAUUGUGCGUGAAUGUAUUUCUGUCUGCUCGGAGCGUGUGAUUUCCACAUACCUUUAUGUAAUACGGAGUAAAAAAACUCAAUGUAUUUACAAUAACUAUUACUAUGGGGUCAAACAAUUUUUUUUGUCAUUUUUGUAAAUUAUCUUCAAUGUAAUAUUUAUAAAUAAACUUACUUUAUCCGUCCACAAAUAAAUUUCUUGUUGCGCG